AUGUCCACUCCCGUUGAACCUACUGCGCGCGUAGCGCUGCUAAACAAUGCCAACAAACUCACUCAACGUCUCCUCGACGUGAGCUCUGCACACGGCAGCGAAGCGUCCUUGCAUCGCGUCGAUAAUGCGCCAGGAUACACGACGCCCAUUUUCAAAGGCAAGGAGGAACAACGUGCGUUGGUUGAGAGUGACGUCGCCGCAAAGGGCUUCAUCCCCCGCGAGCUCGUCGCAGGCGAAGUCAACUGGUUUUACUCCAACCUCGGCAUCGACGAUACCUACUUCCAGAAUGAAUCGCGCGAGGUCAUCUCAGACCAUAUCAUUGCCCUGUUUGGAGCCAAGAUCCUGGCAUAUACGAAGCAUGAUCCGACUAAGCUUGUUAUUGACCUGGAGAAAAUCGACGAGAACGGCAACGGCGCGACGUUCAUUCAUACCAGUGCUCCCGGCUUGACGACCACAGAAGGACCAGGCGCGACCUGCGAAGCUAGAAUCGAUGAAUUAUUUUUGGACAAAUCCACACCUACAGACGCGUACAGACUCGAGACUUUCCGCUCUACGGGGUCCAUCUCCGCCACCGCGUCGCAGCAGCUCAGGUGUUACUUUGUUACGAAAUGCAACUUCCCCUCGAAGCCUCCCGCUCCUGGUGAGAAGACGGACAUUCGAGCUGUCUCGGACUCGUCCUUCUUGGAGAAAGCUACGGCGAAUACCCUGGAUAUAUAUCAGCAGGUUAUGUGGAGUGUAGAGUCGAGGCAUGGCCCUGUAAUCGAGCUCUAUGAAGUUGAAGGUACCCGCGAGAGGAGAUUAGUCAUUGGGUACAAGAUGGGCGGAACGUCAAGAUUCUUCAGCGCUCUGUCAAACUUGUACCAUUUCUACUCCCUCUACUCGGCACGCAAGUAUGUCGAACAAUUCUCCAACGGUGUUACCAUUAUCUCCCUAUACCUAAACCCUCUCCCCAACACCAACGCGCCCCCUAUUGAGCACUCCAUCUUCCAAGUCAUGAAAGAAGCCUCGCUUCUCUUCUGUCUCCCUGACAACCCAUACUUCCUUCCCAAGUCUCCGGGAAGCCAUGCGGUUCAAGAAGCGACAUAUGCUUAUUGUGGCUGGAUCUUCGCACAACACUUCUGCAAUCGUCUUGGCCCGGCAUAUUUGCAGCUCAAAAAUGUGUUGAACGAGAACGACGUGGCGCACGCAGAGGUGCUGAACGACAUCAAGCGCAGGUUCCGCGAAGAAACCUUUACGCGUGAAAGUAUUGCGCAAGUAAUUCAUGCCCACCCCGAUCUUGCAAAACUCCUUCAGAUCCGCUUGUUGUACGUCAACUUUGCGAUGACUCAUUAUCCUCCAUCGGACGACGCGUCGAAGUUGAUGCCGACUCUAUCGUACCAACGCUUGCAAACCGUUCAACCCCUGAGCGACGCAGAGUUGUAUGACAAGAUUCGCCGAACCGUACCGAAUAAGCACGAAUUGCAAGUUCUGGAGAGCUUCCUCAUCUUCAACAAGUGCGCACAUGUCCUCAAGACCAACUUCUACCAGCCUACCAAAGUAGCGCUGUCAUUCAGGCUUGCACCAGACUUCUUACCCGAGGUCGAGUACCCAAAGCAACCUUACGGAAUGUUCUUUGUUAUUGGCAACGAGUUCCGAGGAUUCCACAUACGUUUCCGUGACGUCGCUCGUGGUGGCAUCCGGAUUGUUAUGUCGAGGAACAAAGAAAAUUACUCGAUUAACCAGAGGAUGUUGUUCGAUGAGAAUUACGGCCUUGCAUCCACACAAUCGCUCAAGAACAAGGAUAUCCCUGAGGGAGGUGCGAAGGGAACCAUCUUGCCAUCCCUCGGAGCAACUCCGAAGCGAUGCUUUGAGAAGUAUGUCGAUGCGAUUAUCGACCUUCUCAUUCCUGGUCAGACUCCCGGUAUCAAGGAGCCCAUCGUUGAUCUCUAUGGAAAACCAGAGCUUUUGUUCUUUGGUCCUGAUGAGGGUACUGCUGAUAUGAUGGAUUGGGCUGCCACUCAUGCUCGUGCUCGUGGAGCUGAGACAUGGUGGAAGUCGUUCACGACAGGAAAGAGUGCAGAGACGCUUGGUGGUAUUCCUCACGAUACCUAUGGCAUGACUUCGCUGUCUAUCCGCCAGUAUGUCCUCGGGUUGUACAAGCAGCUCGGGUUAAGGGAGAAAGAUGUUACCAAGGUGCAGACUGGUGGUCCCGAUGGUGAUCUUGGUUCCAAUGAGAUCUUGCUUUCGUCAGACAAGACGGUUGCUAUCAUUGAUGGUAGCGGUGUUCUUGCCGACCCAGUGGGUAUUGACCGUGCGGAGCUUGUGCGCCUCGCAAAGUUGCGCGUUCCUGUCAGUAACUUCAACACCGCGAAGCUGAGCAAAGACGGCUAUCUGGUCAAGGUUGAGGACCAGGACGUCAAAUUACCUUCUGGUGAGGUCGUCCUUGACGGCACCGACUUCCGAAACGGCGCUCACUUACGUUUCAAGGCGGAUCUUUUUGUUCCUUGUGGUGGACGACCGGAGGCUGUCAACAUCUCCAACAUGGCGGCUCUCGUCGAUUCAGAGGGCAAGCCCCACUUCAAGUAUAUCAUUGAGGGCGCCAACUUGUUCCUCACACAACAGGCUCGUCUCCACCUCGAGAAGCGCAAGGUCAUCCUAUUCAAGGAUUCCAGUACCAACAAAGGUGGCGUAACGAGUUCGUCUCUGGAAGUGCUUGCUGGUCUCGCCCUGUCGACUCAGGAAUACAUCGACCUUAUGGUCUUCAAAGACGGCAAACCCUCCCAAUUCUACCAAAGCUACGUCAAGGAUGUGCAAGCCAAGAUCACAGAGAAUGCUGCUGCCGAAUUUCACUGCAUCUGGCGCGAGCAUUCUCGUUUGCAAGGCACCAAGCCUCGCACAACCAUCUCUGACGAGCUUUCGUCGACGCUCAACAACUUGCAAGCCGAGUUGGAGAGCUCGGAUCUGUUUGAUGAUGUUCCCAGCAGGAAGGGCGUCAUUCGCCGUGCCAUCCCCAAGACGCUUGUUGAUCAAGUGGGGUUGGAGGCGCUCUUGGAGAGACUGCCAGAGCCAUACCAGCGUGCACUGUUCUCGAGUUGGGUCGCUUCGCAUUUCAUUUACAAAUAUGGUGUGAACGGAUCCAGCGUCGAUUUCUUCCACUUUGCUAGGGACCUUGCCAGCCCUUGAACAUUUGCUCUCUGAUCGGAAUUAUCAAAGGAAAGGAAAGGAAUGAAAAGGAAAAGGAAAAAAGGGAAAGCAUAUCAACUACAUAAACCAAAAGCUUUCCGCAAUGGACCUCCGCUAGUUACCCUAGACUGUAUCACUAUAUCUCGUCGUGUUGAUUUGACCAAGUUUCUGC